AGUAAUGUGCUUCGUUCUCUCAUCUCUCUGAGUUCUGCUAUUCUGGAUUGAAAACAGAGGAGGUUUUGUUUCUUUUCAGUUGGGCGGUUUUUUCUUGAUUGACUUUCUCGCUUAGAGACUUGAAAUAAGCUUGAGUUCACUAAUAGAUUAGCUUCUACAAAGGAGGUUCAUGCUUUGAAUACCGUCUGUUUGAUUACUGCAAUCACUUUGAAUCGCAAUGAUCACAUUUACGGAUUCAACGAAAGAACCAACGAAGGAGACGGAGAAAUGUCUAGAUUCUCAACUUUGGCAUGCCUGCGCGGGAGGGAUGGUUCAGAUGCCUCUGGUUAACUCAAAGGUCUUCUACUUUCCGCAGGGACAGGCGGAGCAUGCUCAUGGGAACAUUGAUUUGGGUAAUUCAUCAAGGAUUCCUCCACUCACCCUCUGCCGAGUUGCUGCGGUGAAGUUCAUGGCAGAUCCUGAGACAGACGAAGUUUAUUCCAAGAUGAGGUUGGUUCCCUUAAGGAACAACGAAGCUGACUGCGACGAUGAUGGGGUUAUCGGAAGCAAUGGAUCUGAGCUCCAAGAGAAGCCAGCUUCAUUUGCCAAGACCUUGACACAAUCAGAUGCCAACAAUGGUGGAGGUUUCUCUGUACCUCGAUAUUGUGCAGAAACGAUCUUCCCGCGUCUCGACUAUUCUGCUGAUCCUCCUGUCCAGACGGUCCUUGCGAAGGAUGUCCAUGGUGACGUUUGGAAGUUUCGUCACAUAUAUAGAGGAACCCCACGCCGUCAUCUCCUUACCACCGGAUGGAGCACUUUUGUGAGCCAGAAGAAGCUCAUGGCCGGGGAUUCAAUUGUUUUCUUAAGAGCAGAGAAUGGGGAUCUCUGUGUCGGAAUCCGGCGAGCGAAGAGGGGGAUUGGUGGCGGUCCUGAGUCCCCUUCUGGAUGGAAUCCAGUUGCUGGAAACUGUGUCUCACCUUAUGGGGGAUUUUCUGUCUUCUUGAGGGAGGACGAUAGCAAGCUAAUGAGAAACCCUAAUGGUGGGAAUGCUAACUCCAAUGGCAGUUUAAGGGCAAGGGGAAGAGUUAGAGCCGAGUCUGUUAUUGAGGCUGCAACUCUUGCUGCCAAUGGGCAGCCCUUCGAAGUAGUUUACUAUCCAAGAGCCAGCACCCCGGAGUUUUGCGUAAAGGCCUCUGCUGUGAGGGCAGCAAUGCGAAUCCAGUGGUGUGCAGGGAUGAGGUUCAAGAUGGCUUUUGAGACUGAGGAUUCUUCCCGGAUUAGCUGGUUCAUGGGAACCAUAUCUUCUGUUCAGGUUGCUGAUUCCAUCCGGUGGCCUCAGUCACCGUGGAGACUUCUCCAGGUAAUUUGGGAUGAACCAGAUUUGCUCCAGAAUGUGAAGCGCGUCAGCCCAUGGUUGGUCGAAUUGGUAUCCAACAUGCCCGCCAUCCAAUUCUCACCAUUUUCACCACCUAGGAAGAAAUUGCGGUUCUUGCAACACUCAGAUUUUCCCCCUGACGGUCAAGUUCCAAUACCUUCAUUUUCAGGCAAUCCCCUUGGAUCAAGCAGAGCCUUGUGUUGUUUAUCAGACAGCACGACUGCAGGCAUACAGGGAGCCAGGCAUGCUCAAUAUGGUAUAUCCUUAUCAGAUCUCCACCUAAACAAACUGCAGUCGGGUCUGUUUCCAGCUGGUUUCCAGCGGUAUGAUCACGGUAGCCCACCAUCAAGAAUCUCUAAUGGCAUUGUCGGCAUUGCCAGUGGCAGUGACAAUGUGUCAUGCUUGCUAACCAUGGGAAGUUCUGCCCAGACUUCAAAGAAAUCUGAUGAUGGAAAGACACCCCAGUUCUUGCUCUUUGGACAACCCAUACUCACUGAGCAGCAGAUCACUCUUAGCGGGUCUGGUGAUACAGUCUCACAUGUGCUUACAGGGAUCAGUUCAUCAAAUGGGAAUAGGAAGACGACAAACAUCUCAGAUGGUUCUGCAUCGGCACUUCAUCCGCAUGGUAUACAGGAUAACUUAUGUGGAGGAAUUCCAUGGUAUAAAGAUCUGCCAACAACGGAGAAUGGUUUGGAGACCGGCCACUGUAAGGUAUUCAUGGAAUCAGAGGAUGUGGGCAGGACUCUUGACCUGUCAGUUCUUGGAUCAUAUGAAGAACUAUACAGGAGGCUGGCCAACAUGUUUGGCAUAGAAAAGUUAGAAAUGCUGAGCCAUGUGCUCUAUAGGGAUGUAACGGGUGCAGUUAAACACACCGGAGAUGAACCAUUCAGCGAGUUCAUGAAAACUGCAAGAAGGCUCACAAUUCUAAUGGAUUCAGGCAGCGACAACAUAGGAAGGAAAUGGAUCACAGGGUUGCGGAGUGCUGAAAAUGGACUUGGCUCUUCUAAUAAGAUGGGCCCGCUAGGCAUAUAUAUAUGCUUAAAAUAGGAAACUCUUGAGGAUUUUG